AUGGAUAAAAACAAUUCUGUGUUAAGUGGGAACCCCUGGAGUGACCAUCUCAUCACGGGGUUCAAUUCAUUUCAAUUAUCGCUGCUAAACCCAUAUUCCUUACUACACACAUUCAAUUAUUUGAGCGUCAAAGAUGACAUUGUUGUCGGAGUUGAUAGUUUAUUUAGCGUCAAUGCUAAUGAUUUAAAAAGUUACAUACCUGAUCCUCUUUACUCAAACCACGAAAAUGCCGUUAACCCACAGUUUGCAUAUUUUGUUGGCUACUUGCUAAAUGGGUUUUUUGCUAUUUUUAUGGCUAAAAGUUUUGUCAAAUUGUUAUUUACCAACCAAAAGCACAAUCGAAUACAAACGGCAACACCAUUGACUCAAACGUUUAAAGUAUUUUUAAUAAUAAUUCAAAUUGUGGUGCUAAUCACUCUUUUCCUCCUAACCAAGUUACAUGUAACUGCAAGUUUGGCUGCAGUGACAACAUUGGCUUUAAUACUUGCCAUGGUGGAGUUUAGAAAAUCGCCGAUACCAGUAGCCUCAUCCUUGUUAUUUUGGAUUACCAAUACUUUCUUUAUAUUUGGUGUGUUUAUUCAAGACACAUUCUCAAAACACAAGAUUAUAACUUCAUCGAGUGGUGCAGAGUACAUAUUGGAAAUCUUUUUGUUAGUCAAUAGCUUACUGAUCUUCAUUUUGGAACUUGCUUACUAUACACCAGGUUUUGAAACUGAUAAUGUACCUUUUAUGGAGAAGACAAAUCUUUUUUCAUACAUUACUUUCUACUUUUUACAGCCAUUGAUCAAUCACAUUUAUGAAACCAAUGAUGUCAAGUUUGAGGAAUUACCUGAAAUCUUGGGAGAUUUAUCCUGCGAUAAAAGCAAAGCAAAGGUUAUCAAAUAUUGGGAUGAAGAAAAAGAAUUGGCCAAACUGAGAAAGCCUAGUAUUUUUUGGAAAAUAUGGAAUAGACUCAAAGGUAAGAAAACAUCCAAGAAACGCCAAGAUGAGAAAAGUAAACCGAAUUUGUUUACUGCAAUUUUUUUGGCAUUUCUUCCACAAUUUUUUGGCAAUUUUGCAUUGAAAGUUUUGGAAACGACUCUCAACUUCCUGCAACCAUUUGUUUUGAUGAAGUUCAUCCAAUUCUUUACAAUAUACUUUUACAGUUUGGAAAAGCCACCAAUAAUCAUUGGAUACUUUUGGGCGGCUUUGAUGUUUACUAUUUCCUGUGCAAAUUUUAUAACAUUCAACCAAGCAUUUAGUCUACAGUACAGUAUGGGGUAUGGGAUCCAAAGCUCAUUAACUACCAUAAUCUACGAAAAAGCCUUGAGAUUGUCUCCUCAAUCCCGAAAAAACAAACCUACAGGGGACGUCAUUAAUCACAUAACUAUGGACAUUGAUAUAAUUUUUUGGUUCUGUUGGAGUCUUGGUGAAUUUAUGGCUGCUCCAUUGAGGCUUGGCGUUUGCUUGGUUUCCCUAUACAAAUUGUUUGGAAAUGCUACUUGGGCAGGUGUUUUGACGGCGGCAAUCGUUACUCCGAUCGCCACCAAAGUAAAUACAUCGAUGUCAAAGUAUUAUAUUCAAGAAAUGAAAGAUAAAGAUGACAGAACUAGCUUGACCACUGAGAUUUUAAACUCGGCAAAGAGCAUCAAAUUCUACUCUUGGGAAAAGCCAAUGUUGGCCCGGUUAAGUCAUAUAAGAAAUGACAGAGAGUUGUACAAUAUCAAACAGUGUGGUAUUGUUAGUGCUUUGGCUCAAUUCUUUUGGUCAUGCAUCCCUUUUUUCAUCAGUUGCUCGACUUAUGCUGCAUAUUCGUAUUUCUACAGUGUUCCAUUGACCCCAGAUAUUGUGUUUCCAGCAUUGGCCUUGUUUGACUUGUUAUCAGAGCCAAUGUUGUUGAUUCCUAAUUUCAUUGUUGAUAUUAUCGAAGUCAGCACCUCUAUGGGCCGUAUUGGUGACUUGCUUUGUUUAGAUGAACUUGCAGAUGAUCAAGAUGGUCAUGUUAUUAGAGAUCCAGAGGCUCGUGACAAUAGUGAAGUAUCUGUCAUUAUCAAAGAUUCUACAUUUAUCUGGAAUAAUAGCUUGGAUGCAGACGACAAGUCCCAGUUCAAAGAUGAGGAAAGUGAAGUGCAGGAGGAUAAUUCGAGUACUACAAACAAUAUUGCAUUGAAAGAUAUAAAUUUUAUUGCCAAAAAAAGCAAGUUGACAUGUAUAGUGGGUAAAGUUGGUAGUGGUAAGUCCACAUUGAUUAGAGCCAUCCUUGGUGACAUUCCCAUCGAUAUUCCUCAGUACUCAGAUAAUCCUGAAAACAGUCAGCCUCAACCCAGUGUCAAAACAUAUGGUUCGAUUGCUUAUUGUCCUCAAGCUCCUUGGAUAUUGAAUGGUACAGUUAAAGAGAAUAUCUUAUUUGGCCACAAAUAUGACUCUGAGUUUUACCGCAAGACAAUAAUCGCUUGCGAAUUAGUAUCUGAUUUCAAAACAUUACCAGAUGGCGAUCAAACUGUGGUUGGUGAAAAGGGUAUUUCUUUGAGUGGUGGACAAAAGGCACGUAUUUCCUUAGCAAGAGCAGUAUACGCGAGAGCAGAUAUUUACCUAUUAGAUGACGUCUUGUCUGCUGUGGAUGCACACGUUGGAAAAGCUUUGAUCAAGCAAGUUCUUUCUGAUGAUGGUAUAAUCGGUGAUCGUACAAAGAUCUUGGCUACAAAUUCGGUUCCAGUGUUACAUGAAGCCAAUGACAUUUAUCUUUUGGUUGACGGUAAGAUUGCCGAGCAUGGAAACUAUGCCAAAGUCAUGAAAGCCGACGGCGAUUUAGCAGCUUUGAUUAAGGAGUAUGGAAGAAAGAAAGAUGAUGGAAAGGCUUCAGAGACUGCAAUUGAUAUUGAUGGUGUACCAAUCAAAACCAAUAAAUUAGCUUUGUCGCCAGACAAAUCUGUGGAUCCCGCUGAGGCUUUAAACACUCAGGAUUUGGUGGAUGAAAUAGUAGACUAUAUGGGAGAAGAAAACCGUGGAGUAGUACGGCAGUCAAUUUUGCGUCGUGCAUCUUUGGUCUCUUAUAAUCACACUUAUGAAAAUGAUGUUGACGAUAACGAAGAAGAAGGGGGUGAUGGUGAUGGUGGCGGACAAGUUCCCGUUGUGAGAAAAACUGGUCACACUGAAGAGGAGUCACGAAAAGGUACUGUUCCUUGGGAUAUUUUCAAACAAUAUAUUGUUGCUUGCAAUUACAAAUACUUUUCCUUUUACGUUAUUGGAACUUUACUCACCUUGCUCAUAACUGUUGCCGAAAAGUACUUGUUGAGCUACUGGUCUGGAAUCAAUAGAGAUGAGAACAAAACCGUCAAUCCUGUAUUUUUUUUGAGUGUUUAUGCGCUUUUGGGGGUUGUUGCUGGGUUAUUGACAUACUUGGCAGCUCUCGUGAUUUGGGGAUAUUGUAUAGUUAAAGGGUCUGCAUAUUUUCAUGACAAGAUGGCCCAGUCAGUUUUGAGAUCACCAAUGUCGUUUUUUGACACCACUCCUGUGGGAAGGAUAUUGAACAGGUUUACUGAGGAUAUCGGCAGACUCGAUAUGAAUUUUCCAUGGAUGUUAAUUGGGUUUGUUACUGCGGCAUUGAAUGCAUUGGUGACAUUUGGUGUCAUUUUCAUUUCGCUUCCAGCUAUGUUCUUUGUCAUUUUGGGCUUAUUGGUUGUUUACAACUAUUUUAGAACAAGAUUUGUGCCUGCUGCUAGGGAAUUGAAGAGGUUGGAAUCUGUUGCCAAAUCACCCGUGUUGGCCACCAUUCAAGAAUCUAUUAACGGUGUCGAUACUAUCAAAGCUUUUCAUCAGAGAGAUAGGUUUGUUCACAAAAGCAAAAAGUUUGUUGACGACAAAACUCUCAUCGGUGUUGUAACUCAAAAUUGUAACAGAUGGUUAUCCAUGAGGUUGCAAUUUAUCUCAUCGUCAAUCAUGUUUGCUACUGCCCUUUUGGCGGUUGUCACCUUGGGCGGUAAGCAUCCAAUCUUGCCAAGUGUAUUAGGGUUUGUUAUGACUUACUCUCUUAGUGUCAUGUACAUUUUGAAUGCAAUUGUUAGAUAUUGGGCAGAUAUGCAAUCUGGCGGUGUUGCUAUAGAGAGAAUAAUUGAAUAUUGCAACUUGCCAUCUGAAGCACCAAUGAUUAUUGAAGGUAAAAGACCAGAUGACAAAUGGCCAGCUAAUGGUAUUGUUAAGUUUAAAAAGUACAGUACUGCCUAUAGAGCCAACUUGGAUCCAGUGUUGAAAGAGAUUGAGUUGACUAUUGACGCAAAAGAGAAAGUUGGUAUAGUUGGACGUACUGGUGCUGGUAAAUCUUCGUUAACAUUGGCAUUGUUUAGGAUCAUCGAAGCUACAGGCGGAUACAUUGAAAUUGAUGGCGUCAAUGUCAAUGAAAUUGGUCUUUAUGAUCUUAGACACCACUUGACAAUUAUCCCACAAGAGGCGCAUACAUUUAGAGCAUCAGUGAGGGAGAAUUUGGAUCCUUUUGGAGAGUAUACAGAUGAGAAGUUGUGGAAGGUUUUAGAGUUGGCACAUUUGAAGGAACAUGUUGAGAGCAUGGAGACUGAUCCAACAAAGGAUGAAAAAGAAAAAAGUGAAGAUCCCGAUGAGUUGCCAAAGAAGCGUGGUUUGGAUGCGCAUAUUGAAGAAGGUGGUGCCAAUUUGUCAGCAGGACAGAAGCAGCUAUUGUGUUUGGCUAGGGCCUUGCUAAACGAGACGAGUAAGAUUCUUGUGCUUGACGAGGCAACGGCUGCAGUUGACUUUCAAACGGACAAGAUCAUUCAGGAGACUAUUAGGGAACAGUUUAAGGACAAGACCAUCUUGACUAUUGCGCACAGAAUAGACACCAUUAUGGAUAGCGAUAAGAUUUUGGUUUUAGAUAAGGGUGAGGUUGCAGAGUUUGAUACUCCUCAAAACCUCUUGAAGGACAAACAAAGUAUCUUUUACUCUUUGGCAAGCGAAGGUGGCUAUCUCAAUUAA